GUAAAAUAACUAAUUUUGCAUAUAUUUUGCUUCCGUUUAAUAGACGACAAUCAAUUUAUGUGCGAUUAUUUGAGUUGCAAUAAAAUCUAUAAAUCAUGGUUUCAAUUGCAAAGACAUCGAUCUCAACAUUACAAGGUUCAAAGUAAGGAUAAGCCAUACCUAUGCGAUUGGAAGGGAUGUUCAAAUCAGUUUAAGAAAUUGAAAAAUUUAAUUAUCCACAGAAGACUUCACACAGGAGAGCGUCCGUUCAAAUGUGAUUUCGAGGACUGCAAUAAGGGCUUCAGAGCCGCCCAUUCAUUAUCAUCUCAUAGACGGACACACAAUGAAAACUAUGAGAAGUUAUGCAAAUACGAGAAGACCACCGAUGAGGAGAACAACUAAUAUAUAUUUAUAUAAAUAUAAAUACCUAGUUAUUUUUAUAUGUUAUUUCAUUCACAAACACAACAACACAUUAUAAUAUAAGCAAAAAAACUUUUUUUAUACACUAUUUAUAAAUUAAAUUGUUUUUAUACUUGAAUGACGGAUAAUGAUAUGUAAAUAAAAUAAUUAGUUUUUUAAAUUAAUUUCCCACUUGUUAACACUUUGGUUUUUACAUUAUUACCUAGAGUAAAUUAAGAUAAUUUAAGUUUUAAAAUGAGA